GGCGCCCGGGCGCUGCCGGGAGGCGGCGGAGGCGGCCGGGCGGUCGGUGGAGCGGCGGGAUGCGGCUCUCGGUGGCGGCCGCCAUCUCGCAUGGCCGCGUGUACCGCCGGCUGGGGCUCAGCCCGCGGUCGCGCCUGGACCUGCUGCGGAACCUGGUGACAGCGCUGGUGCGCCAUGAGCGCAUCGAGACGCCCUGGGCGCGGGCCGACGAGAUGCGCGGCUACGCCGAGCGGCUCAUCGACUACGCCAAGCGGGGGGACAAGGACGAGCGCGCCAUGCGCAUGGCGGAUUUCUGGCUGACCGAGAAGGACCUCAUCCACAAGCUGUUCAAGGUGCUGGCGCCCCGCUUCCAGCCGCACCCCGGCAGCUACACGCGGCUGCUGCAGAUCCCCAACCGGGACGGGCUGGACCGCGCGAAGAUGGCGGUGAUCGAGCUGAAGGGGAACCCGCUGCCGCCGCUCGUCCGCCCGCGCCGCGACUCCGACAAGACGCUGCUGAACCAGCUGCUCAAGGGCUACCGGCAGGACGCGCAGCGGGCGCCCCGCGGCACCCCCGUCUAGAGCCGCGCUGCCCCAGGGAGGGGAAGGUGUGGGAGGAGGGCUGGAGGGUGGUGGAAGUUGCCACGGUGAGGGCUGGUGAGUUUGUUGGCUGCUUGCAGUGGUUUGGAGGCUCGGCAGGAGAAGGAGAUCCAGCUAGGAGCCCUGAUGAUUGGUGUUUUCUGUGUAAAUAAACUUUGUUUGGAAAGUC